GCUAUAAAUUAAAAAGAUAUGAGCAAGCAUCCGGGUACCUACCAUGAUAUAGGCAAAAAAGCCAGAGAUGUACUAUACAAAGAUUACAUACAACAGCCAGAUUGCUACAAUUACAGAUGGCUUGAUUGGAGUUUCCGCCUUGUCUGUAAAGUUAAGAUUUUGCAUGGACUUAGUACAAUCUUCAGAUAUGGGCUACCUUAUCAAAGAUCCAACAGGGUGGAAGUGCAAUACCUGCAGAAUUAUUUUGGAGUGACGACGGGGAUCAGUUUGGCGAGGAGCCCAUCGCUGAACUUCUCUGGUUCUUUGGGAAAUGGCAACUUCUGCGUCGGUACUGAUCUCUCUUUCGAUACAGCAGCUGCGAAGCUGGCGAAAUAUGAUGCCAGUUUGAGCUUCAACACUGCUCUUCUCAGUGCUUCAUUAGCCCUGAAGGACAAGUUUGAUACAUUGAAGGCUUCCUGCGACCGGACAGUGAAUCCAGACACAAACACAGUUGUUGCAGCAGAGGUGGUCCAUAGAUUCUUCAGCAACCAGACAACUCUGACGUUUGGUGUGCAGCAUUCCUUGCUCCCCUCUCAACUCAUGAAAGCUCGAGUGGCUACAGAUGGCGGCGUUGCAGCCAUGAUCCAGUACCAGCUUUUCUCGGCGCUGUGCCUAACCAUUGCAGGAGAGACCAAUCUUAAGCAUAUCAACAACUCACCUAAACUGGGAAUGUCUUUAACUCUCAGACAUUGAUCACAAUAAAUUUUUGCUCCUUUUGUUUGGUAACAUAAUAAGAAGAUUUCAUCA